UUACCUGCUCUCUCUCUCUCUCUCUCUCUACUCUCUCAGUGGAAACCCUACCUUCGCUCCUCCCUCGCGGCGGUCCAGAGUUAUCAGGGUUCUAGAACAAUCCUUUCUUCUAGGGUUUCGCCGACGUCGCUCUCGUCCUCCGCCUGGUGCUCCUAUGGCGGCCUCCGUCACCGCGUCCGUCCCCGCAGCCCGCGCCUCCUCCUCGAAGACGGAGAGCUACGUCGACAACAAGCGGCGCGACGACGUCCGUCAGGCCAACAUUGUCUCCGCCCGCGCGGUGGCGGAUGCGGUGCGGACCAGCCUCGGCCCCAAGGGCAUGGAUAAGAUGAUCGCCUCCGCCUCCGGCGAGGUCAUCAUUACCAACGACGGCGCCACCAUCCUCAACAAGAUGGAGGUCCUCCAGCCCGCCGCCAAGAUGCUCGUCGAUCUGUCCCGCUCCCAGGACGCCGCCGCCGGCGACGGUACCACCACCGUCGUCGUCCUCGCCGGCUCCCUCCUCCGCCGCUCCCUCUCCCUCCUUUCCGCCGGCAUACACCCCACUGUCGUCUCCGACGCUCUCCACCGCCUCUCCGUCCGCGCCGUCGACGUCCUCCACGGCAUGGCCAUCCCCCUCGACCUCUCCGACCGUGACUCCCUCGUCAAGUCUGCCGCUACCUCCCUCAACAGCAAGGUCGUCAGCCAGUACUCCUCCCUCCUCGCUCCCCUCGCCGUCGACGCUGUCCUAUCCGUCGUCGACCCCGCCCACCCCGAUCUCGUCGACCUCCGCGAUGUCAAGAUUGUCAAGAAGCUCGGCGGCACCGUAGAUGACACCGAGCUUGUCAAAGGCCUCGUCUUUGAUAAGAAGGCCAGCCAUUCUGCCGGAGGCCCUGCCCGUGUGGAGAAUGCGAAGAUCGCCGUCAUCCAGUUCCAGAUCUCCCCACCUAAGACCGACAUCGAGCAGAGCAUCGUCGUCUCCGACUAUACUCAGAUGGACCGCAUCCUCAGGGAGGAACGUAACUAUAUUCUUGGGAUGGUGAAAAAGAUUAAGGCCACCGGCUGCAAUGUGCUUCUCAUCCAGAAGAGCAUUCUCAGGGAUGCUGUGACUGACCUCUCGCUGCACUACUUGGCCAAGGCCAAGAUUUUGGUGGUCAAGGAUGUGGAGAGGGACGAGAUCGAGUUCAUCACGAAGACGCUGAACUGCCUGCCUAUCGCCAAUAUCGAGCAUUUCCGGGAGGAGAAGCUGGGGUUUGCUGACUUGGUGGAGGAAGUCUCGGUCGGCGAUGGGAAGAUUGUGAAGAUCACGGGGAUCAAGAACAUGGGGAGGACCACGAUUGUGCUUGUCCGGGGCUCGAAUCAGCUCGUCAUUGACGAGGCUGAGCGGAGCCUUCACGAUGCCCUCUGUGUUGUCAGAUGCUUGGUGAAUAAGAGAUUUCUGAUUGCUGGUGGGGGUGCACCAGAAAUUGAGAUGUCAAGGCAGCUAGGAGCAUGGGCAAAGGAACUGCAAGGGAUGGAGAGCUACUGUGUAAAGGAGUUCGCAGAGGCACUGGAGGUCAUUCCCUACACGUUGGCCGAGAAUGCAGGGCUAAAUCCAAUAGCCAUCGUGACGGAGCUAAGGAACCGGCAUGCCCAGGGUGAAAUCAAUACUGGAAUUAAUGUGAGGAAGGGUCAGAUAACAAACAUAUUGGAGGAGAAUGUUGUGCAGCCAUUAUUGGUUAGUACUAGUGCAAUUACACUAGCAACCGAAUGUGUGAGGAUGAUCUUGAAGAUUGAUGACAUAAUCACUGUGAGGUAGAAUGGAGAUAUGCCAACCGGUGUGGUUGUUUGGAACCAUAGAUGGUUUUGUUUAGCUUAAAAACCCUCCUAAUCUAUGGAAUGAAAUGUCAGAAAGAGUGGUAGUUGUGGUUGUUUUACUAUUCCUGCAUAUUCUGGCUUCAUGGUUUUGGUGUGGGACUUCUUAAUCCUUGUACCUUUACAAACACUUUUUUGUCUUACUCUGCUAGUAUGAAGUGCUGAGAUGUAAGCGAAGCUAUGGCUGUUUUUGCUUUUGUUGCAUGCUUGGUGUCUUAACCAUCAAAGUAUUAUUUUCUGAUA